AUGGCGCACCAACAGCAGGAACACACAACCGCCGCUUCCUCUUCACGGUCUUCGCCCCUUUUGAGCCGCUCAUCAGAUCCUCAACUCAUUGGUGACACAGUUGUGUUCUCACACACAAAGUUGCCAUCUCGUCAAUCAGGUGUUGUGGCGGGUACAACGUCAUCAUACCAGCAGUCUGUAGUAGCAUCAUUUGGCAAACAUGAAUUGCAGCCUCAAUAUAGAAAAUUUCGGGUGGAAGCUCCUCUAGGUGAAGGUGUGCGACGAAUGAAAGUUUGUGUUAUAAAACAUGGCGAAAAAUUAGGCUUUGGCGCGCGUCACGAUCGGUACAAGCGACUCCAAGUGUCCACAUUGCAAGUUAUUGAGCUUUUGAACUCGACACAGCCAGGAGAAUUAAUAUUUGAAAUCGAAAGGGUGGGGACUGGUAACCAUAACCUUAAUGGACCCUUUGUGGACCCAAGAAUUCAAAAUGCUUCCGUGUCGGUGAGACAUAUGUGGAAUGCAGCCAAUAAUGCAGCCACAACGAGUGGAUUAAAGCAAACACUUUGGCCCCAGAAUGAGCCAACUGUGCCUAGUCGUAGGCUACUUGCUGGCUAUCCAUUGACCACAAUUAUGCCCCCAACCGGAAUUCCACCUUCUUCCAUUCCCGUGGCAUCAUCAACAACGCAACAACCGAGAAAACGAACACGACCUGCUCAGUGUGUGUUGGAUAAUAACGGCCAGCCGGUGAAUAUUAGUGUGCUUCUGACUGAGUUAGCAAGAGAAAAGACUCAGAAAGCUACAAUCGAGGAGAAGAAUACUGUGCUGCGAAAACGUCUACAACGCAUGCUGAUUGAAAAUGAUGCUGCACGAGCGCAAGCGUCAGAGAAGCUCAAAGCUGAGCAGGAAAAGGCAGACAGAAAGUUGGCUGAAGUACAGGACAAGCUAGUUGCGAUUCAGGCGCAAGUGCGACUUCAGGAUCGGGCACCCGACCUGGGGCGAGCCAAUUCGAUUGAAAAUGAAUUGACAGCUUGUAAGGCACAGAUCGAACGUUUAAAGAAGACAGAGGCGGAUCGAACGGAGCUGCUUGCCACAAAGUACCGUACUGAAUGUCGGAUUGCUUCAGUCGACACAAAGCGUGUGAUGAAUCGAAUUGUGGAUAUUUUUCAAUCAAAGCUUCGACAAAAUACUCGUCUGAGACGCGAUAAUUCAGACAAAGACGAGCUGGAAGUCGCGUGUGACGGAGUGCGGCGUCUUGUCUUUAUGAAUAUCUUCAAAAUGAAGCAUGAUUUUGGUUUUUACACGUCGGCAUCCUUUCACUCGCAAGACCCAGUACAGUUAACUUUGGAGCAACAAGAGUUCGCAAAUGUCUUUGGCAAUUCCCUUAUUCAUGAAGAACGUGCAGGAUUGCUCUAUGUCGCCACGGCUCCCAUGCAUGUUGUGUUCGAUCCUAACACUGAAAGUGUAAUUCUUAAGUGUCAACGGGCUGAAGAAAAUGCUCUCUCUGAUCUUGCUCGCAAUUAUCGGUCUUGA